UUUUGUCUUCCCUGUUAGUGCCAGACCAGAUGCACUUUUCCUUGUUAUCAAAGUCUUCCUUUCUUCAUUCCCCAUCUCAGACACCCAACAAACUAUCAAACAAACACGUUCACACCACAGAGCAAAGGGGCACUCACUCUACUUUCCCAUCAAUGGCGGAUUCAACCCCUUACACCAAACCCCAUUUCCCACUUUCACGGAUCCAACCAAAACCCACCAACCAAGGUAAGUCCUGCUCAGGUUUCAUCUUCAAAGCUCUCUUCUUGGCUCUGUUUAUCAUCGUUCUCCCACUUUUUCCCUCUCAAGCCCCUGACUUUGUGAGCCAAACCAUACUCAACAAGUUCUGGGAGCUUCUCCACCUUCUCUUCAUUGGCAUUGCUGUGACUUAUGGUUUGUUUAGUAGAAGAAAUUCAGAACUUGACACACACGUAGAAAUAGAAACCACUCUUUCUUGUGCUGACGAUAAUGCCACUGCACCUAGUUAUGUGUCCAAAGUGUUUCCUGUUUCCACUAUUUUUGAUGAUGGGUAUGAAAAUGAAAAUGCUAAUGAAAAUCCAUGUGGGGUUGAUGAGAAGAGGAUGAUGCAUUGUUGGAAUCCUCAGUACUUUGAUGGGGGGGCUGGGGUUGUAAGCUCCAACGGGGGUGGUACUGUUGGUGUUUUUGAUGAACAGUACAAAACCCAUUUGCCAAUUUCUGAAGAUGGUUUUGGUUAUUCUUCUGUUGGAUGUGAUGGGAACGGAACCAAUGUAGUUCAAGCUUGGAAUUCUGAGUACUAUCAUAGUGAGCCAGUGGUGGUUGUGGCUCAACCAAACUACAACACUGGUGAGUGUGGUGAGGUUGUUGAUUAUAAACCUCUAGGGCUACCGAUUCGCAGUUUAAGAUCGGUUGCAAGAGAUGUAGAUAGUCCUAAAUAUGCCAAUGAAAGUGACUCCAGUUCAGGUUCAAGGGGCUCUUCAAGGGCCUCAGAUAAGAUCGGAGAUAAGGAAUUUGGGGAUCUGGGACCUUCCAAUUUGGAUAAACAAUUUAGUGAUACUACUGGUGGUGGUGGAUCAACUUCCCCAAUUCCAUGGCGUUCAAGGAAUAGAAGGAUGGAGAGAGAGAAGAUAUAUGGCAAUGUUACACGUCAUGCACAUUUUAGGCCUCUUUCGGUUGAUGAAACUAAAUUUGAAACACCAUCUUUCUCUUCCCACAAUAUGUAUUCUUCCUUGAAUUCGAUUUCAACAAAUAAUGUAAACGCUCAUGAGGAAGAAAUGAGGCAACUGGAAGCUUCCUAUGUGUCUGCCUCAGAAAAGAAGAAUUUUCAACAGGAAGAUGUCGGGCAAAUGAAAACUUCCUUUGUGUCUGUUUCAGAAAUUAUGAACUUCCUAGAUGAAGAUGUGGGUACAAUGAAGGCUUCCUACGGUCCUACUUCUGAAAAUACAAGUUUUCAGAAGAUAGAUUUGGCGAAGAAGAUUUUCCAUGGGUCUUCAUCAAAAAAUAGAAGGAUGGGAGUUAAAGGAAAAUAUGGUGCUGCAUCUUUUCCUUCACAUUUCAGGCCAAUGUCUGUUGAUGAAGAUCAAUUUGACUCACUUGGUUCAAAAUCUUUCCAGUGUGUGAGACCCUUCUCUUCCCACACAAGAAUUUAUUCUUCCUUGGAUUCAAUUUCAUCAGAAAUGGACUUCCAAGAGGAAGAUAUGGGGCAGAAGACUUCCCGUAUGCAUACUACAGAAAAUAUGAAUUUUGAGGAGGAAGACAUGGGACAAAAGAAGACCUCCUAUUUGCAAGCUUCAGAAAAUGUGAAUUUCCAAGUGGAAGAUAUGGAACAAAAGCAGACUUCCUACGUGCCUGCUUCAGAAAAUAUGAAUUUUCAAGAGGUGGAUUUUGGAAAGAAGAAUUUCCAGAUGUCUUCUAGAAAUGGCAUGUUGGAAUCUAAGGGAAAAUAUGUUGCUGAUUCCCGUCCUUCACAUUUAAGGCCAAUGUCGGUUGAUGAAACUCAACUUGAAUUGCUCAGCUCACGGUCUUUCCAGUCUAUGGGAUCUUUCUCAUCACAGUCAAGUUUAUCUUCUUCCCUGGAUUCUGUUUUAUCAGAGAAUAUGAACUUGGAGAAGGAAGAUUUAGGGGAAAAGAAGAGCUCACAUGAAUCUUCUUCUAGUUCACCAUCACCUCUGGUUAGAAGGAAUAGUGAAGCUUCAUUGCAAGCAUUUGAAGCACAAGGUUAUACCAAUGGUUCCUCACUCUCAGAUGACAUAAAGAACAGUUUGAAUGAUGACUUGAGAAGUUUAAAUGAGAUUGGAGGUGAGGAUCCCCCAAGCAAUAAAGAGUCCCGGAUUCAUGCUUUGCAAUCAGACACAGAAAAACCUGCAAGCCUAAUGAAAGCUCCAUCAAGGGGAAAAUCAGUUAGAACAAGAAGAAGCAGCGGACUGAUUUCAGGGACAAUGAGAAUAGGAGAAACAUCUAGCAAGCAAAGUGAUGAAAAGGUUGAAAAGAAUGUCAACAAUGUAGAGUCAGUAUUGAAAAGGGAUAAAAUGAAAAGUGUAGAAUCAGAUCUUCCAUUGAAAGGAGUCAGUAACAAAACUCUGGAUUUUUAUUGUCCUAAGCCUGAGAUUAAAUUUUCCAAUCAUCGAACAAGAGAUAAGCUAGAAGAAACCAAGAAUUUGUCAAAGCAAGACUCAGAUAUCGAGCUUGAAAAUACUCGGAUGAGCUCAGAUGAAAGUGGGGUACCUGAAUUUGUCAAUGAUUCAGAUCUGGAUUCUGAAGUAGAUAAGAAAGCCAGUGAAUUUAUAGCUAAGUUCAAAGCUCAAAUCAGGCUUCAGAAAAUGGGAUCUAUUGAUAGAGCAAAAGAGCAAAAGACCAUCGGAAACAAGAUGAUUAGGUGAUUUGUAAACUAUUGUGAUCCAAUUAUUUCUAACCCGAUGAACAUGGAGUUCAUCAGAGAUCUUAAUAGUAGUAUGCAUCAUUCAGCUUCCUUCACUUUAGGAAAUUUUAUUUUCUUCUUAUGUUUCUGCAUAACUGCUGAAGUUGAAAUUCUGUUAUUUUUGUGGCAGCAGGUCUUCCAUUUAUUUAUUUUCACAUACAACAAAAUAUCUAUGGAUAUUGCUUCUGGUGCCACUGUAUCUUUCUCAUGUUAAACUUCACCAUUUGAAUUUUUGUGUUAGUUACUCAUUUUUGUGUG